AUGGGUGCAACAAGGCUUGAUAUAGUGAAAGAAAUCCUAUCCGGUAAAGAUAUUUCGAUUCAGGAGGAAAAGGAAAGUAUAGAAGAUUCUGCUAAAAUCCAAACGACCUAUAUCCGAAGACUUCAAAAUGACAUCAACCUUACCACUACAUUUAUCAACCAAGCAAAUGCUUCAAUUGAAAUGCUAGUUUCGAAAACCGAAACUACACCAUCAGAGGAUCCGAUUACUUUAAAGAAGAAUAUUAUUGCACUAUGUGACACCUACGGAAGAUUACCCUUUUUAUCGGAUAAAAGUGAUGUUAUUGGAAUAGCCUCAGCAUCGUCAGUAAUCGAUGGGAUAGUUCAACAACAAACAGAAGCAAGCCUAUAUUUGAAUAAAUUAAAUGAAACUAAUUCCCAAGAAAUAAAGUCUAAGCAAUCGUUGCUGGAGGACUAUAACAGAUUGCUAAAAUUAAUUGAUCAAAAGCUCGUUACUGGACAGGGAAGAUUGAAAGAAAUGGACCAAAAGUCUGAUAAUAUAGAACUGGAUCCAAUUUCAAAACCUCAGAGCAUAAGGGCAUUGAAUAAUAAACUUAAAGAAGCACGUCAAUUGCAAGAUUCACUACUUACGUAUUUAAAACGAAUUGUCAUUAAAUACUUGGCGGUGAGUGAUUGGGAAGUACAACACGUUAUGACCGAAGAAAAAUUACAAGAAAAUGUGAAUGCUUGCAUAGAAUUGAUAGAUAAAUUAAUGACAUCAUCAAUUUAUUCCAUCGAAAAUGAUUCAGAGACAGCUUGGGUUGAAGUCGAUCCUAGUGAAAUUGAAAGUAAAUUGAUCAAUCAUUUAUUAAUGAACGAUGUUAUAAUCUCAAGAGAUGAUUCUACAAAAGAGAAGUUAUUCUUGAUGCUAAGAAACUUUGGUUCAGAAUUUUAA